UGAGCCCCAAACAGAGCCAGCCAUAAGGUAUGCAACGGUUACAUUCCCGCGACCAAUGUUCGAGAAAAAGCCUCCUGUUACUUUGCUACAGAAAGUCAACGUGUUUGUAAAACCAACAAAGGCAUAGUAUCAAUCCGCGCGCUUGUGCAAAUAUAUACCCGCCUACCUUACGCAGUCAUGGCAGAGACGGAUUUUCGAAGCUCAACGAACCAGAUCCCACCAUCGGGGAGCGCGGGGGAGGGCACACCCAUCACUGACGCUUUAGAGGAAACGCUCGGCCGGUUAAGCAAGAAGGCCGGCGUCAAAGCUACAAUCGUCCUCGAUCGUUCGACAGGAGCCAUACUCAAAACCAGCGGCGACUUUACACAAAUACGGCCUUCCAAGGCAGCGAGCGAAAACGCGGGGACGACGCAACCCGAUCCAUUCUCAAAGGAUGUCACAUCAGCUACAGCAAACAGCGAAGCCAGCGAUGGUGCGGAGCAGCUUGCGGCUAUGGUAUGGGGGUUCAUCGGCGCGGCGGGCACGUUGGUAGAAGAUCUUGAUACUGAGGAUGAGCUUAGGCUUUUACGGCUACGGACGAAGAAACAAGAGCUAGUCAUCGUUCCCGACCCGAAAUACCUCUUGAUCGUGAUCCACGAGACACUCGCGCCUGCGUCAUGAAAUGAACCCCUCUCGGAUGUUUUACAGGAGAUGAAGAAAACUUAGCAAGGGCAAACUCCUCCGUUCCUGGUUAACAGGGAAUAUGAGGAUGAACACUUGGGAAACGCGUGACCAAGACGCGUGCAUGGAUCAGUGCCAUCAACCGCGUGCGUUUCCCGAAUUAAACACAAGGUGUAACGUGUCCCUGCAAUACAAAAUGUUGCACUUAGUUGGGAUCUUAUUUGCAGCUGUAUGUUGGCGGCGUAGGCCAACCAGGGGAAGCCCCAAAAGAGAUACCCCGAGAUAAAAGUCUCGAUAACCUGCCUGUCCACAGCUUCAAGUUUGAGCUGAUGAACAUGGUCUCUGCAGACCUAGGUCUACUUUUAUCACCGAAAUUUAAU